CUGUCGUUGCGCCACGUCAGCUGCGCCACGUCGUCGCCAGCAACACCUGCCAGAAGCAACACUUUCCGCACAGAUUCACCCGGAAAUUUCACCUAGAACAUUUGGGCAUUAGUGUCCUAAAUUGACUGUCACUAUAUUACGAUGGACACUUCAACCUCUGGCGGCUCUGAACUGUACUACUACUAGCAGUUUGGGGAACCCCUGACGAAUUCCAGCCAACUCAGCCAACGCAAGACUGAGGCUGUUCUACUAAUCAAGACCGGCCCCAUUGCUUGCACUAUGGACUCAUCGCUGCUCCUCCCCCGUCCAUCACGUCCGUUCACUCCGUCGCAAUCAACGGUCAGAAAUGCAUUUCAGCUUAAAGCAAAACCGUCGUCGUCAAUCUCCCCUUGCGCCCUUUCCGCCAAGCCAUUCCCACGGAAAACCGCCAGCGCGCGCACUUGUGUCAGCGCAGCAGCAGCGCGGCCGGGGGGGAUCCCGCCGCGAGAGGUAGCGCAUGCCGCGCGCCAGCGAGGGAGCUGCGGUAACGGGGGGAGCGCGGGAAACGGGGGCAGCGGGGGGCGCGGAACAGUAGCGGCGGCGUCGCUGAAGCGGCCACCAGUGGGGCUGGGGGCGGAAGGCGCACUGGCGGAGGAGGUGGCGGCGGAAGCGGUAGAGGACCUGCUGGGGGAAGGGGAGGGGGAGGGGGGGACGAGCGCGGCGGUUGCUGACGUGGCAGGUUCUGAGUCCGACGUGGACGGACCCGUGGUAGAAACGCGCACCUGGAGUUGGCGUGGCUACUCCAUCCGCUACCAGACCUCGGGGUCUGAGGGCCCACCCAUUCUGCUCAUCCACGGAUUCGGCGCCAGCAGUGAUCACUGGCGGCACAACCUGAGGGCGCUGGGGGUUUCGCACCGGGUGUUUGCCAUCGACCUGCUGGGGUAUGGGUACUCGGACAAGCCCACCCCGCCAUACCGGAUCAAGGGGCGAGAGGGGCAGGAGGGGCAGCAGGGGCAGCAGGGGCAGCAGGGGCAGCAGGCGGUGGCUGGGAGUGAUGCGAGUAGCGCAAGUUCAGAGUUCACGUUUGAGAACUGGGGCCAGCAGGCCGUUGACUUCGUUGACCAGGUGGUGGGGGAGGAGGCCUUUCUAGUCACCAACUCAGUGGGAGGAGUGGUAGCCCUGCAGGCAGCAGCCUCCCACCCUGCUAAGAUCCGCGGACUGCUCCUCCUCAACAUCUCCUUGCGAAACCUCCAUCUGAAAAAACAGCCCUGGUUCGCGCGCCCCUUUGUGGCCCUCCUCCAAUCCUCCCUGCGCUCCACCUCCCUUGGGGAACAAUUCUUCGCCUCUGUCGCCACCCCCCGCGCCGUGCGUAAUGUGUUACGCCAGUGUUACGGCGACCCUGCCGCAGUGACGGACGAGCUCGUGGAUUUGAUUCUCACGCCGGGGCUGCAGCCGGGGGCGGUGGACGUGUUUCUGGAUUUCAUCUGCUACUCGGGGGGGCCUCUACCUGAAGACUUGCUACCAAAAGUACAGUGCCCUGUGUUGUUCGGGUGGGGGCAAGCUGACCCCUGGGAGCCAGUGGAGCAAGGAAGAACGCUGAAGGACUACCCUUGUGUGGUGGGCUUUGAGGAGUUUCCGGGGGUGGGCCAUUGCCCCCAGGACGAAGCACCUCACAUUGUUAACCCCCUUAUAGAGCGAUUCGUGUCUCAGUACAGCACAGUAGACAAGUGAAGGAUUUUUUUUGGGGUGAAUUUGAGUGGGCAAGGGUGUGGGGGUCACGUCACCUCCCACAGCAUGUGCUGUUUAAACAUCAUUAAUCCUGCUUAACCCAGUAUUUUAGCAUGCCGUUACUGCAACGAGGCCAAAGCAUACA